AUGCGUCCCCCGAUGCGAUCUAGCAUUGCCUGCACACAUUGCCGGAAGAGUAAAAUAAAAUGUGAGAAUACUGGCGGUACACAGCCUUGCGAUAGCUGCAUCAAGACGGGGAAAAAGUGCAUCUUCAAAAUGCCCGAACCGGCACCUCCAAAGAGAACCGAGCCACCUACGGGUGCUAGGCAAGAGCGGGACGGAGGAUCUGAUAGGAAGAAGCUCAAAAAGAUAGACGAGAUAUCAAAAGGUGACAAUCAAAAAGCAAGUGUUUACGCAGAGGAGGUACUUUCAGCGCCAUUCUUAACUGAAGACCUGUGGGAGCAAGUAUUAGAUCUCUACAAGCUACACUUUGCCCCGGAACUUCCCUUUCUACACUUACCCACGAUGAAGGAGAAAUUGGGGCGCAAGUUCAAAAGUCAACAAUCGGACGCUAACUCGGAUCUCAACUUCAACUUGGUGCUGCUAGGCGUCCUUACUCUUACCGCACGCUUUCACCCAGACCUCGUCAAAUAUCUCGCCCAUAUUUGCAGUAACCAGCCCGGCAACGCUAGGACCAGACCGGUUCAGACGCCGCUCGAUCCCGCUGCAGCGUCUGAAUAUUAUGCCGACGUCCUUACCAUGGCUUUGGGUCCGCUACGAACGGCGAUGAAAACCGCCUCCGUCGAGAGGGUGGCAGCCUUGCUCAUGUUAGGAUUAUACGACUGGAGUCAAACUCAGCCUAGGACGGGAGGGCUAGGCGCUUGGAUGUACGUUGGUCUUGCCAUUAGGAUGGCACAGUAUUUAGGACUUGGGUUUAGCGAUUCUCCUGUCCCGGAAGACGAUCAGCCUAAGUCUUCGUCUCAGAAAGCAUUAGAGAAAGAAGUUAGGAGACGGACUAUGUUCAGCUGCUUCAUUCUAGAUCGCAUGCUUUCUUGCGGUAAGGAACGAGUGUCUAUCAUACAAUCAGAGGAUAUAAAAAUCCAACUUCCAUGCUCCGAGGAUAAGUUUGAUUUAGCUAUGGAGGCUCGCACGGGCUUCCUCAAGGAUAGAGGACGGCAUGGCAUGGACGAUAGUGUACUCGCUCGGUUUAUUCAGUUGGUGGAUAUAUGGGGAGAUAUUUCCAAGUUUAGCUCAUCAGGUGGACGCCUCAACGAAAAGGAAAAGGAGCACCCACCAUGGACCAAGGGCAGCACUUUUUAUCAGCUUUCCGAGAAGCUUGCAGAAUUCGAUGCGGAACUUCCGGAUACUUUUACGUUUUCGCGGUCCAACUACUUCAAGCAUGAAAAUCACCAGGCUUCUAGUGUAUACGUGCUGUUGCACAUGCUUAGGUGUGUCUGCUUAAUCAUGCUACACCGGGAAUAUAUACCCUUCGUACCGGUUCGAUGCACAGAACCAGAAGGGCCUCUCGAUAAUCCCAUCUUUCACGAAGACAAAUUCGGCCCACCCCCUAAAGACUUUUGGAUAUCUAGUGCGGAACAGGUAUUUAAGGCGUCCCGUGGGAUCAUUGACUUAAUUGAGAUAUGCCAAAGGAAGGACAAGUUGCCUCAAUCCACCAUCGUGCUCUUCGCCAUCUGGACCGCGUCUUUUGUAGGGUUAUAUGCAGAACAUUUCCCCCAAAUGGACACCGAAAAACACAUGUUGGAAUAUGAUUUCGAAAAUACACGACAAUCUGAGUCCGACCCCGAAGUAUUUAGGCGCGGGUCGGUGGCGUUCGCAUUCGUAACGCUCCAUAAGAUGUCCAUGUGGCUUAAGAUGGCAUCUACAUAUGUGAUGAUUCUGCGGCAGAUGGACACUUAUUUCGAGAACAUCAAGCAGGAUUACUAUAAAUUUGCGGCAAAGAACCAUGGAAAUACGGAAAGAUCCUCCCGGGUUCGCGAAGGCGGCACUGACGGAGCGCUUGAAGAAUAUAAGCCUAUGACCGGGAAGCUGAAAGACUUUGGGUGUCUCCGACCCGAGGACGAGCAUAUCGAGAGUCCACAUCGAACAUCGCGCAGUCCUAUGCCAUCACGAGGGACGGAAGCUCCGGAUACGUCGACCAAGAGCAAAGCACAAAAACCAGCUCCGCCUGCAUCUUUUACGGCAAUCAAUCGCACUCCGGCGGUGUUAGCGCCAGAUGUCGCGCGUACAUUCACCACCGAAGCAGGCUAUCCAACACCUCACCCUGAGAUGUACGCCGAGGCUUGGCGAUGCCCGCCCCAGCAGCAGCAACAGGAACAGCCACCGCCGCCCCAGGUCUAUCCAACGCCGGAAGAACUACUAGACAACACGGCCCUCGCCAACGAAGCCCACGAUCGACUUUUCUGGGACAAUUUUAAAAAGGAAGAACCGCGCCGUAUCGGCACGAUAGGGGACCUCGGUUACUUCUCGAGCGGCGACUCCCAACUCUCCAUGGCCGACAUGCCCUUUGGAGAUUCGGCCCUAAUCCACGGCCUACCAGACUCGUCUUUCCAGUACCUACAGCAGAUGGCGGAGUUUUAA